AUGGAGAACUGGGGGAGUUUGAGCCACCUGUUCGUGACAGUGUUCCUCUCAAACGUGGCGUUGCUAAUGGUGAAUCCUGCCAUUACUGAUGUUACAAUGGCUGCAGUGUGUCCUGGUAAAGACGAGUGUUCACUUGCGAUUUACCUCACCGGCUUCCAGCAAGCGAUUGCAGGAUUGGGGUCUGUAGUCAUGAUGCCACUAAUUGGGAAUCUGUCCGAUGCUUAUGGCAGGAAAACUUUGCUCACUGUCCCCCUUGUUCUUUCCAUUAUUCCACUAGUAAUUCUGGCAUGGAAGCGGACUACAACCUUUUUCUAUGCAUACUAUGCGUUCAGGACUUUAACUGCCAUGGUUACUCAAGGUGGUGUCAUAUGCAUUGCCCUCGGCUAUUUGGCAGAUACUGUAUCUGAGGCGAAGCGUGUCUCUGCAUUUGGAGUCCUGUCUGGUGUAGUUUCCGCCGCAUACGUUUGUGGUACCUUAGCUGCUCGGUUACUCUCCACCACACAGAUAUUUCAGGUCGCAGCAGUUAUAUCUAUCAUUGCAGCAGUGUACAUGGGAGUCUUUCUUAAGGAUACAACUCGCCACACUGAUGCUUUGGAGCAGCCAAUCUUGAAGCAGGGAAUAGAAAACAGUCAAGCCUGUAGUGAAUCAUCAAAAAAAGUAAACUUCUUUAAGGGCAUUCCAUCGCCUAAGGAUAUAAUUUGCUUGCUCAAGAGUAGCAUUACAUUUUCACUAGCAGCAUCUAUAGCUUUCUUCAAUAGCCUCGCUGAGGCUGGACUUGAAGCUUGCUUACAGUAUUUCUUAAAGGCCCGCUUCCACUUCAUGAAAGAUCAAUUUGCAGAUGUAUUGCUCAUUACCUACAUUGGAGCAACCAUAUCAAAUGUGAUCUUCAUGCCUAUAUUUGGUCCAGUUAUAGGAGAGGAAGUGUUGCUUUCUUUAGGACUCUUUGCUGGUUUUCUAAAUAUGUUUUUUGACUGCAUAGCAUGGUCUGCUUGGGUACCUUAUGCCUCUGCUUCAUUCGGCGUUUUCCUUUUCCUGGCGACCCCCAAUAUAAGAAGCAUCAUAUCAAAACAAGUUGGAGACAAUGAACAGGGAGUUGCUCAAGGAUGCAUAUUGGGCAUAUCAUCAUUUGCCAACGUCAUCUCUCCAUUAAUUUUUAGUCCCCUUUCAGCUUUGUUUUUGUCGGAGACUGCUCCUUUUCAUUUCCCUGGCUUCAGUAUCCUAUGUGUUGGACUCUCUUGGCUGAUAGGUUUCUUUCUGAGCACAACAAUGAAGUGUAUUCCGAGAGAAGAAGUCAGUAACAGGGACAGCACCGAGGCCUAA